AUGGAUUUUAGAGAAAAGGUUUUUAAAAAAGCAAAUCCCAAAGAGGUGGUAUAUGAGGCAUAUGGGAAAAUGACCCAGGAAGUUAAAACGGAUAAUAGAGAAAAGGUUUCUGUAUAUGAAGAUGAAAAUAAUUUGUCUAAGAAAUUGCCAUUUUUUAUGAGUAAAAAUAAUAAGGAUAUACACAAUUUUUCAUUCAACAUUUCUGAAAAUGAUAUGAAUGUAUAUUCUUUGUCUAAAUAUGUACAAGCGUGCUUAAGUAUAAGUGUGCCUAUAGCGGUUCGACUAACUUUAUUAUAUAUAUCUAAACAGAGAGAAUUAUUAAAGAACUAUUUAUUUUCCAUUAUUCAUAUGAUUAAAGGUGUUACUGUUUUAAAAGUGUCAAAAAAUGGAAAAUUAAAAAAAAGAAGAUUAAAAUUUAAUUCAUAUAAUAUAACUAUAAUAGGAUCUUGGUCAAGGAAAAUAUUAAAUUAUGAUGAAAUAACACAAGUAAAUAUUGGAUCAUGUUGUACAACGGAAUUAUGUAUUUUUGAAAAAAAAUGCCCAGGUUAUGUAAAUAGAAUGGAUUAUAUAGUUAUAAAAACUUCAAAUAGAAGUUAUAGCUUUUUAUUUUUUUUAGAUGAUGAUAUAAUUAAAAUUGUAAAAGAAAUAUCUCUAUUUAAUAAAUUAUCAAGCUUAUUAAAAAAUGAAAAGUCUUGCUCAAAUUUUAAUAAAAAAAAUAUAAACCAAACAAAAAAUGAUGAUAAUAUUAGAGGAAUGUCAAAUACCAAAAACAACGUGAGAAAUACAUUAGAAGAUUCUAUUGAUAAUGGUAUAAAUUUAAAACAGUUUUUAUUAUCUAACAUAAAAAUUGCACAUAAUGAAAUAGUAAAUGUUAAUAGCAAAGAAGUAAAGAGCAUUAUUAAAAAAAAUAAUAUGAUAUAUUUUGAUACAUAUGAUUUUCAAAAUCAAAAGAUUAACUCUUUAUUUUUGUUUUUACAAAUAGUAUUGGAUAUAUAUGGGCCUGAGAUAUGGCUCACAUCCAAAUUCGACGAAGUUCUUUUUACACAUUUAAAUUGA